UGCUGCCGCUGUGCCGCCGGCUGCUGGUGUGGGGCAGAGCUGCCCGGCAGCCCCCCGGCCUCCCGCUCGCCUCAUGCCGUGCCUUCAGCAACAAGAAGAUUCAGGUGGACGUGAAUGAGAGCUCAGGCGUUGCCACAAUGAAGUUCAAGAGCCCCCCAGUCAAUAGCCUCAGCCUGGACUUCCUCACCGAGUUCUGUAUAAGCCUGGAGAAGCUAGAGAAUGACCGGGCCUGCCGGGGCGUCGUCAUAACAUCCGCCAUCCCCAAAAUCUUCUCAUCUGGCCUGGACAUCACCGAGAUGUGUGGGAAGAGCAUGGAGCACUACGCUGAGUUCUGGAGAGCUGUGCAGGAGAUGUGGCUCCGGCUGUACAGCUCCAACAUGGUGACACUCGCUGUGAUCAAUGGGUCCAGCCCGGCGGGAGGCUGUCUUGUUGCCUUGUCGUGCGACUAUAGGAUCAUGGCAGAGAACCCCAAAUACACCAUUGGCCUGAAUGAAGCCCAGCUGGGCAUUGUGGCUCCCUUCUGGUUUAAGGACACAUUUGUGAACGUUGUGGGACAGCGAGUUGCUGAGCGCUCCCUCCAGCUGGGCUCCCUGUACCCUGCACCUGAGGCCCUCAAGUUUGGCAUUGUGGAUGAGCUGGUGCCAGAGGAAAAGCUGCAGGAGAAGGCUACAGCUGUUAUGGCACAGUGGCUGGCCCUUCCUGACCAUGCCCGUCAGAUCACCAAGUCCAUGAUGAGGAAGACAUUGUUGGACCGCCUGGUAGCUCACCGGGAGGAAGACAUUAAGAACUUCACCAGCUUUGUCUCAAAAGAGUCCAUCCAGAAGUCACUUCACAUGUACAUGGAGAUGCUGAAGAAGAAGAAGAGUUGAGGAGCCAGCCA